ACUUGGGUCUUCUACAGCCCUGGAGCCUCUUAUUCUAGGAUUCUACAGCUUUUGAUAACUUGCCUCUCCAUCUAACUUAAAAUUUAAAAAAAACAAUUUUGGACCUAUCAGCUAUUUAUUUUAUUUUUGUUUAGAGGUACCACAACGAAUAGGCCCUUCCGACCCUUUGAGCCGCACCACUGACGACCCUGGUUUGACCCUGACCUAGCCAUGGGACAAUUUACAAUGACCAUUUAACCUACCUGGUACGUUUUAGGCUAUGGGAGGAAAUCGGAACAGCCGGGAAAACCCAUUCUUUCCAUGGGGAAGACAUACAGAGACUCCUCACGGAGGACAUCGUAAUUGAACUCUGAACUCUGACACCCCGAGCUGUAAUAACGUUGAACUAGUAGCUGCACUGUGGUGGCCUGCUUCGUGUUCAUGCAUGUCCUUCAAUCCAGAAACAAGGAGGCUGUCUGUAGGUCUGGACAAUGGUACUAUCUCUGAAUUUAUUUUGUCGGAGGAUUACAACAAAAUGACUUCUGUAAAGAGCUACUUAGCUCAUCAGAACAGAGUGACAAUGGUCCUAUUUAUCUUGGAAAUGGAAUGGGUGCUGAGUACAGGACAGGACAAGAGCUUCACAUGGCAUUGUUCCGAGAGUGGCGGGAAGUUAGGUAGCCACAAAACCUCUGCUUCAGCCUCAUGCCUGCAAUUCGACAUUGAAACACGACAUGCUUUUGUGGGGGAUUAUUCGGGUCAGGUGACAAUAUUGAAGCUUGAACAAGACAAUUGUUCUGUAGUUACAACAUUUAAAGGACACAGUGGUAGCAUUACUGCACUUUGUUGGGACCCAGUUCAACGAACACUAUUCUCAGGCAGCUCUGAUCAUUCCAUUAUUAUGUGGGAUAUAGGAGGAAGAAAGGGAACAGCUAUCGAGUUGCAAGGCCACAAUGACAAAGUUCAGUCCCUUUGUUACGCUCUUCAUACUCGACAGCUUAUCUCUUGUGGUGCAGAUGGUGGGAUAGUUGUGUGGAACAUGGAUGUAAAAAGACAAGAGACUCCUGAUUGGUUAGAUAGUGAUUCCUGCCAGAAGUGUGACCAACCUUUCUUCUGGAACUUCAAACAAAUGUGGGACAGUAAGAAAAUUGGUCUGAGACAGCACCACUGCAGAAAGUGUGGGAAAGCUCUGUGUGGGAAGUGUAGCUCCAAACGUUCCUCCAUCCCAUUAAUGGGAUUUGAGUUUGAAGUGCGGGUCUGUGACAGCUGCUGUGAGUCCAUCACAGAUGAGGAACGAGCACCCACAGCAACUUUCCACGACAGCAAGCAUUCUGUGGUCCACAUGGCAUUUGAUGUAACGAGAGGCUGGUUGUUAACUUCAGGAAAUGACCGGAUUAUCAAGCUUUGGGAUAUGACUCCUGUGGUGUCGUGACCUGCUUUCGCUGGUGAUCAGAAAGGAUUCUGUCCAUGAGCUAGUCUACACAUGGAGGAUUAGUCAGCAAUGCUAAAACAGAGUUAUGGCUUCGACAGGGAAUGCACAGGAAUUUAACUUUUUCCAAAGCAGCCUUCCAAAUCCUGAUCAGUAUCUGCUAAAGUUUAAAAGUUGCACAAUGAUUCUGGUAAAUCUUUGUUGUGAGGAUUGAAGUACAAUUUUCAAGAGGGUCUUUUGUACUAUUAGUGUUUGUAUGAUUUUCUGUAAUUUUUUGAUAGACCUAAAUGAUUUUUGUUUUUUUAAAUAUUGUGAUGAUAAGUUUUUGUCUGUUCAUGUUUUUCUGUUGCUUGCCAAUGAGUGAAUAAGUGUCAUGUUUGAGAGAUGCCCGGUUUUGUUUUGGUAAUGUACUUUGCGAUAGUACAUAGUUGUCUGUUUCAUGUCAAGAAAUCAUGGACUGCUAAUACAGAUUUUUCCAAAGCAGCAGAUAAGAAAAACUAACAUUGGGAUUGCAGUGAAGGGAAAGAUAAACCUUAUUGUCUCACAGUUCUCUAUCUAUGUCAACGUGAAAUUGUGUCAAGCAUUCCAUGCUUUCUAGUGAUUUAACCCAUGACUGUAGAAGUGAGGUUUAAGAAAACCCGGUGUUUUCUAGAAGUUGCGAUGUAAAUAAUUAGAAGGUAUAACCACAAACUCUAGGCAUGUUUAAUGCAACCUGUGAUAGUAGGAUGAACAAUAGUAAAAUAAACCAGUGCAAUAGAUACAAGCAAGAUUAACUCGAUCUGCUGUUGAGACGGUGGAGAAGGGAAUUUUGAUACUUAGCUAAAAACCUAUUCUUUUGCUCCAUACUCAUUAUGUGUUUAUGCCAUUGCUGUCCCAUUAUGUUCCUUGAAAUGGCAAGGUGAGAAUUGAAAAGGGGAAUGUGCCUUUCAUUUCUAAUUUAAAGUCUGUUCUUUGAUUUCUGGACUGAUAUGCUUCCAUUACGUCUUUGCAGCCAUUCUUAGACACUGUAGUAUAGUGUAUAUCUUUUGAAUCCUGGUUUGAUCAACGUUGAGUAUUACAAUCUGUUGAUGCAUCCAGUGAUCCAAUUAAACUCUCAUCUAACAAAUUGAAAUGUAAUGGUUGAUUUUGACUCUGUGGGACUAAAGUCUCCAAUCACCAAGUUGUAGAAACAUGGGAAGCUGCUCAGCUGAUUACACUACUUACUGUUUGCUCCACAUUGGAGCGCUCUACUCUAUUCCCAUUCCUCUUCUUGCAACUGUUACUCAGUUCCUGUGCAAUUUGCUGAGGCUAGUUUCACUUUUAAUUAUCCAAUGUUUAUUGUACAUACUCUUGAAAAGACUAAACCACCUAUCUGAUUUUUGCAGCAAAUGAUAAAAUCUGGUGUUUGGGAUGCUGAAUGGCUUGUUGGGGUUAAUGGAUAGUGAUGGUGUUGGGUACAACAAGCCUCAAACUGGAAAAUAAAAGCUAGUCAUUUGCAUGAUUGUCAUUGCUACCCUCAGUUCUUCAAUCCACAGAAUUAUUUUGAAGUGUAAUUAGCAACAGUGAUAGUUAAUUCAGGAAUUUAGACUUGUUACAUUUUAAUGGUGUGUAAAAGGUCACAAGUAUCUCAAGUUGGGCUAAGCUAAUCUCAUUGCAGUUGUUUUUUAUUACUUUUUUUGCCUUCAGAAAACAAAUUAUGUCUAUGCUUUGUCCUCAUAGAUUAUCUACUACAGGUAGUCCCCGAGUUACGAACGUCUGACUUAUGAACUGAGGAAGGAGAACGCUGUCCGCCAUUUUAAGUUGUUGCCGUUGACACUGUUGAGUGUGUAACUUUGUACUCAGCUUAAAUUUUUCUUAGCAACAUUCACCCUGACCCCGCUCGCGCUCUCCCCUUUUCCGGUUGGCUGGUGGCGCAGUGAGAUCGGCGCCGGGCUCAAGAACGGAGGUUCCUGAGUUUGAUCCAGUGACAGACUACUUCUGAGCGCGCUCUCCAUUCGUGCUGGGUCGAUGUCGAGCUUGCAACUUGACCUCGUAAAAAAAACACUGCCUCCUCCAGUUUAAAUUCCCACAUGGAAUAUUGUGGAGGAUGAAAUACCCAAACCCAGCACAGCCCCCACUUGUCCCAUUUAACCUGUCGCAGUGUGGUGGUCCUUAGGACCCAGGAAUUCAGUGAGGUGGUCCAGUGAGGUGGUCCUUAGGACCUGGGAAUUCAGUGCGGUGGUCCUUAGGACCCGGGAAUUCAGUGUGGUGGUCCUUAGGACCCGGGAAUUCAGUGUGGUGGUCCUUAGGACCUGGGAAUUCAGUGUGGUGGUCCUUAGGACCUGGGAAUUCAGUGCGGUGGUCCUUAGGAUCCAGGAAUUCAGUGCGGUGGUCCUUAGGAUCCAGGAAUUCAGUGCGGUUGUCCUUAGGACCCGGGAAUUCAGUGCGGUGGUCCUUAGGAUCUAGGAAUUCAGUGCGGUGGUCCUUAGGACCCAGGAAUUCAGUGCGGUGGUCCUUAGGACCCAGCGGAGCUCAGGAGCCGGCAAAGCUUGGGACCUACCGCCCACAGUGUUUCUGUUCCAUUGACGGGAAGCGAUCACGAUUGAAAAUAAAGUGGAAAUAAUAAAGCAUUUGGAAAGAGGUGAAACGCCAUCGGUUUUUGGAAAAGCAUUAGGCUGCAGUGGGUAAGCAAUGCAGUGGUUUAUUAUUAGAAUACAUACGUUUCUUAAGUGUUUUAUAUGCAUAGAAAGGUAAAAUAUACUAUAUACUAAGACAAACGUUUGACUAACUGACGCUAAAUAAUGCCGGAUGUACUUGUUCCGACUUGCAUACAAAUCCGACUUAAAGACUAAUUCAGGAAUGGAACUCGUUCGUAACCCGGGGACUGCCUGUUACACACAUUUUAACUGAAACUUUUUUUGCCAUAUGCUUACAAUUAGCAUUCAUUCCACCUGUGGUACUUUUGUUUUGCAUCUUAAUAGAAGAAACAAAGAUACUAUGAAGCACAACUUAAAACCUGCAAUGAAUAUUUUAACACAAUGAAGUUCAAAUUUGAUAUAGGAACUGGAGUAAGUUCUUCCAUAUCCUUUGAUUCCCUUGCCUUAGAAAUUUGUUUUUUAAGUCUUGAAAAUUCUGUUGUUCGCUGUGCUUGUUUACUCUUGAGGGGUUGUGGGGUGAUGAGAGGAGAAUUCCAGAUUUGGUUGUGUGGAGGCCUAUGAGGCUUGGCUCAAAUCUAAGGAUCCCAAUUCUUUCUCUAUCUCCCUCCUCCAGAGAAAAUAGCUGUGAACUAUUGAACUUAUUGAAAUUUUAGAUCAUUCCAAUAGCUCCUACAUUCCACUUGUGGGGCUUUUUACACAUAUUCCCUUAACAGCAUGCUAACUUUAUUUAUUUGUGAGUACAAUCAUCCAAUGGUUGUGUUUUGUCUUCCAAGUGGGAAAUAAAUUGCUUCUUUCAGUGCAGCCUAUGUAUCUUUGAGACUCAUAAUUGAUCCAAAGAGCUGAAACUACAGUGAACGUCUGCCCUAUCUUGAUUACUCAACCAAGUGAGGGCUAAGCACCCAGAUAAAGGCACAGCGGUUUGUUCUGAAGUUAACUUAUUUCCAUAUUUCAUAGUGUUCCAGUAUUGGAGAUUUACCAAUCAAAAUAGUUGAGGCACUGUUUGUGCCAGUUCAUUAGGAAAUCUUAAAUCCACUGCUUUCUCCCUUUCUGUUUGUGACAAUUUAAAAAAUCCAUCCACUUUUAAAACUGUUUUUACCACAAAGCAUCCCAUACUCUAAUGUAUACCCCCAUCAACUUAAAUCAACCCAGUUAGUGCUUAGAAAAACUAAGUGAUUUUAAAAUCCAUCAUCAAAUGUUCGAGGAGGCAAAUUAGUAAUACAAUGUCAUUGUUAGCUGUGUACAAUAGGCUAAUGGCUCUGAACUUUGUUCCUGCAGACUGCUAUGUUGCCUAAAAACUUUUCCACUGUAAUUUGUUCCCUCUCCUUACUACCUUUUCACUUGCCCCCCUCCCAAAAAAAAGUGUAGUGCAUGUUUUAAACCUGUCUUUGCUAGCCAAUGGAAAACUGUCCCACUUUUGGUCAACAGUAGUUAAGUUUUACUAAAGCCAAGUGGGUAAAUCGAGAAAGUUAUUGGUUAAGAUAAAAAGGUUGGUGCCAUUUGGUAAUCUUCUGGCUGAUCUUUAACCUCAGUGUUAUAAACCUAUGUUCUUUCAUUGCCCAGCGAUCCAUUGAUUUCUGAGUGACUGAACUCAGUGGUUGAGCCUGCACAGCUCCUUUCCUCAAAAGAAUUUUGAAGAUUGGCUACUUUCUGUGUGAAGAAAUUUCUUUUCACCUUCUAACUGAUUGACCAUCUAUUCUGAGCCUGUGACUCCCAGUUCUAGCCACACCAGUCAAACCAUCAUCCAUGCAUUUUCUCUGUGAAUCCCCAAAAUAAUUUCAUUUGUUUUAAUGAGAUUGUUUUCAUCCAUCUAAAUUCUGAAGAGCAUACACCUUUUGUGCACUCCGUAUAUUUUUCUUGGAAAUCGGAAUGGUACGCAAUUAUUUCAGUAGUCUCACCUGGGCCCUAUAGCAGUUAGUUAUCUUUGCUUGAAUUGAUAAGUUCUUGAUUGGGAAAUGGGUUAAGAGUUACAAGCAGAAGGAAGCUGGGGAUAAAGAAACAUGACUAAAUGGUGAAGCAGCGGUUAUGGGCCAGUAGCCUAAUCCUAUAUUUUAUGGUGGAAACACUCUUGUAAUGGAGGCCACUGUUGUGUUUGCCCUUGUCAUUGGUUGUUCUAUCUCUGAAAAUUUUCCAUUCAAACUGUAAUACAAUAACACUUGUGAAUUUUGAGACAUACUGCUUCAGAUACUGUAUUGUGAAGAUGGAACACAACACUGAAACUCUUAUGGUUUAGUACUGUUAUGGAAGUUGUAUUGUUUGUGUAUGAAUAUUUUCCCAAAAUUUUUGUUUUAACACUUGUCUCUAAUAUUUCUGAGAACUUCGUACAAGUUUGGCUUGACUGGAAGUCUAUCAGCAACAACUGCUGAGACCCAGAAGCCAAUUGGGUUACUUUUGAUAAAGUAACUGAUCCGUUAAUUUCCAGUUAUUAAAUUUUAAGGCUAACUUCUCUAAAUUUAGUUUUAUUAUUAGAAUUGGCCAAGAAUGGUUUCUAAAAGUAUUGUGAGGUUCAGGGUAAGGUCCCUGAGAAGCAAGUCAGAAGUCCCAGGAAACAAUUGAAUGGAAAUGGUAACAGCUAUAUCAAUUAAAUUGCAAAGAAACUUUCAUCAUCUCAUCAAUUUGGUAAUUUGGUAUUUUUGAUAUGGUCUCUAGAUAAUUUUUAUUGGAGCUUGUGACACUUCAAAGUAAUACCCCUUCCCCUCCCACCAGUGGGAGUGCUUCAUUAGAGCUGCCAGAGGUGAUAGCUGGUCAGCCUUGGAUAAAAUUAAUUGUUCCAGGACCUCAAUUAUUUACAGUACUCCUGAAGGAGAUAGUUUCAAAGUGGUUUUUGUUAUGUAGGCAUCGUGCAAUUUUGAGAGUAGUAUUGUGAGUUCACUCUUGAUGGAAUGAGAAACUGUUGAAUUAAGCAAUAUUCUAUAGCAAACAAUUUGAUCGCUACAGAUUCAAUUUUAUUUGCAUUCUUUACCCGAUACUUCAUAACUGUAUCCAGCAAAUUAUAUUUUACUUUGUAGUGUCACUGAGAGCCUACUCUAUUCUUUGCAUUAGAACAGCUCAAUUUUGUAUUCCUCAGCCAAGAGAAUCACAGAUCACUGGAAAUUGACUAGUUCCAAUUUUGUUAGAAUGUGAUCAGUGCCUAUGUUGUUCAGGAAAAAUCAACCAGGCCCCACCGAGAAGAACCAGCAGUUUUGUCUUAUUGACAGCUGCUUUCAAUGGAAUUUAGUCCACUUUGAAGCCACUUAGCAGUCUAAACAUCUUUAAGUACUGUGACUUUAUUUUUAAGUGUGACCAAAUCUUACUGCAAAGUGGUAUUUCCUUCAGGUGGAGGAACGUCACAUCUGUGGGUGAAGUGUAUUGAACAUUGUACCAGUGUGAACUUAAAUGAUGCUGCAACUAAUGCUUCAAAACAAAUUCUGCUCUAAAAUAGGGCGACUCCUCCUGGUAAAAUGCCGAUAAAUCAUUGCAAAGGAAUUUUACUCCCAGGUUGAUUUCAUGAUUAAUGCUUCAUUUCAGUUCAACACUUAUGACUUGUUAAAUAUUUAAAUUGUUACUAUAUUUAUGUAUUGACAAUUCCAAAUAAAACUCUUUUAGAGGUG